AUGACUGCGGCGCCAGGACGAAACCCAGAGGCCGGUGAUUACACAAUUGAGUGUCCAGGACAUGGUAUAGGAAGCAGAACGAAGGCGCACAUUGCUAGUGGGCUCAGAGUGUCCAGAUUGGGCUUUGAAAGGCAUCAGACAAGAGUAGCGACGCCAAAUGGAUGCGGACGAGUCUGCAGUGAUGAGACCGUUAUGGCUCAAACUCUGCCGCACCGACUACAAGAGUUGGAGUCAUGGAUGUGCAAGCGACUGAUACAUGUAGGGGCCAUGGAUGAGAGAGUGAGAAGAGUAUCGAAUGACUGCGCGGAUGCGGUUCGACUGUGGUGUUGUUGUGAUGUGUCUAGGUGUUUGGGUCUGGUCAUGCUAUGCGAUGAGAUCAAAAUGCGACAGGCGUGUCAUCGUCCAACUCAACAGUGUCUAAGAAGAACAUUUGCGGUCUCGUCAGGGAGUUGCGGUUAUGCAAUGUGCGAUGGUAUUUCUCUGGGCGUCACUUCCUCGCAAAUUCGAUUCGGCUUCUUGUCGAAACAGAUCAACCGCAUCAAAGGCGCAUGGAGGCAAGGACAAACACAGGACACUCAGGAUACUUCCAAGAUAGAUUUCAUUCCAGAAAUCGCGAAUAGCACGCGGUGUCGCAAGUCAUCAUCGACGAACUGCUCGAAACAGGGUGGUGAGCACGACAAGCCAAGCUUUGCGGCUCAAUUCACAGGCUCGUCAAUCUCGAACAUACUCGAUGCAAUAGAAGAGAUAAGGAAGUCACGAAGAACAAGAGAAACGAAAAAGAAGAUGACUGUCGCCAAGACGAUCAAACCGUCAAGGCGGGUCGUGCGCAAGAAGGAACCGGCGGAGGUGGAGGCGGAGCAAGCCGCUCCUGCCUGCGGAGCCUCGAGAAACUCAAACGCCGGGCGCAUCUUGCACCUUCCGUCUUUCCUCGAUCCUGACCUCGACUUCGACCUCGACAUCUCAGACUUCCGUCUCGCAACGCGACCACACGCGUCUCUUGGCCUGCGUCGUUCGUCUGUUCGUACUUCCAGAACUACUCGAGAUGAUACGUGCAAUGCCUACGACUUCUUCGGCCAUCCCGAGAUAGGCAGGCGACACUGCGCAAACCGAAUACGGUGCCAGUCUGGUUCAGUCGACGCCCACAAGUGCUACCAGUGCUGGGCAAACGUGAUAACGACCACAACCACCACAGCCCUCGUGCAAAUGACAUGAACGAUUCUCGUCACCAAGAACCUGCGCCGUUGUCCAAGAAAUUCAAACCCUACACAUCUCGCCAAACUCCCAC